AUGGCGUCGUCAACACAAACUGCCCCUCAGAAGAAGGAGGAUAAGCCCGCCGACCAGACAUCCAAGCUCGAGACCCAACAAAAAUCAGCCGCGCUCGAGGAGGACGACGAGUUUGAGGACUUUCCGGUCGACGACUGGACGAUGGAAGAGACCGAGGCCGGCGCGAGCAACGACGCCGCCCAGAAGCACCUGUGGGAGGAGUCAUGGGAUGACGACGACACAAGCGAUGACUUCUCUCAGCAGCUCAAAGAAGAGCUGAAGAAAGUCGAGGCUUCAAAGAGGAGAUGA